CCUAAGUGGGACGUACUUAGACUGGGGUUGGGUCUGGAGUCGGAGCCAUUACAGCCGGAAAAGGUCCCGCAGAGCUCUGCAGCCAAGAUGUGUGACUUCACCGAGGACCAGACCGCAGAAUUCAAGGAGGCUUUCCAGCUGUUUGAUCGAACAGGCGAUGGCAAGAUCCUGUACAGCCAGUGUGGGGAUGUGAUGCGGGCCCUGGGCCAGAACCCUACCAACGCCGAGGUGCUCAAGGUCCUAGGGAACCCCAAGAGUGAUGAGAUGAAUGUAAAGGUGCUGGACUUUGAGCACUUCCUGCCCAUGCUGCAGACCGUGGCCAAGAACAAGGACCAGGGGACCUACGAGGAUUAUGUCGAAGGCCUUCGUGUGUUUGACAAGGAAGGGAAUGGCACCGUCAUGGGUGCUGAAAUCCGUCAUGUCCUAGUCACACUGGGUGAGAAGAUGACAGAGGAAGAAGUAGAGAUGCUAGUGGCAGGGCAUGAGGACAGCAACGGUUGCAUCAACUAUGAAGCAUUUGUGAGGCAUAUCCUGUCGGGGUGACGGGCCCAUGGGGCGGAGCUUGUCCGGAUGGUGCUGAAUGGCUGAGGACAGCUCCUUGCCCAGUGUGAGAUUUCUGUGUGGCUCGAGGCUCCCUUAUCACAGCACCUUGCCCAUCUGGUUUCUUUUGGAUAAUGUUUGCCUUCACCAAAUAAAAUUUGCUCUCUUUGCUCUC